AUGGCCGAGAACACCGAGGUUGACUACACCCUCAACAACCCGGAUACCCUCACCAAGUACAAGACCGCUGCUCAAAUCUCCCACAAAGUGCUAGAGGCCGUUACAGGAUGGAGCGUUGAAGGAACUAAGAUCCUGGAGCUCUGCCAGAAGGGUGACCAGCUCCUCGAGGAGGAGAUUGCCAAGGUUUACAAAGGAAAGAAGAUCGCCAAAGGCAUUGCUCAUCCCACCACCGUUUCACCCAGCUCAUUCGUGACUCCGUACACACCACUUGUUUCGGAUGCCGAGGAAGCUGAGACCACCAUCAAAGCCGGUGAGGUCAUCAAGAUCCAGCUCGGUGCUCAGAUCGAUGGGUUCGGUACCAUCGUCUCCGACACCAUCAUUGUCGCUGGCAAAGAGUCAUCAGACGGUGUGGUUGAAGGCCGCGAAGCCGACCUUAUCCAUGCGACACACUAUGCCAAUGAACUCCUUUUGCGCUUGAUGGUGCCCCCCGGACUUUUGGCCUCGGGCACGGAUGAGGAAAAGGCAAAGGCUGCUGCUGAGAAGCCUCCUACCCAGAGCAAGAUUUCCAGCCUUAUCGAGAAAGUUGCCAAGUCAUACGACGUCAAUGUCGUAGAGAACACCACCAGCUGGCUAUUCGACCGCAAUGAGAUUGAAGGCACCAAGAAGAUUAUCCUCUCCCCCAACGGUGGAGUUAAAGGUGAAGGCUCACCAGCAGUUGGUGAAGUCUGGGGUGUCGAAGUCGGCCUCAGCUUGGGCUCAGGUAAAGUAAAGACAUUGCCCCAACGCCCUACCCUGCAUCGCCGAACCACUACAACCUAUAUCUUGAAGCGCCCAAGCUCUCGUCAAACCUUGUCUGAGGUUGUCAAGAAGUUCGGAACGUUCCCUUUUAGUCUACGCCAAUUGGAAGACGAGAAGGCAGGUAAAGUUGGUAUCGUCGAAUGUGUUCGAGGUGGUGUCAUCAGGCAGUACGAGCCAGCCGGUGACUCGGACAACGCCGCCGUCUCUCGCUUGCUGAGCACUGUUGCCAUUACCAAGAACGGUUUGACCAGGCUAGCAGCUCCCCCCACACCUGAUCUGACCAAGUUCAAAACCGAAAAGAAGAUCGAAGAUGAAGAGAUCUUAAAGAUCCUCGAGCAGCCUUUGGCCAAGUCUACAGGAUCUAAGGGAAAGAAGAACAAGAAGAAGAAGAAGCCCGCCAAGGAGGCUGCGGGUGCAGAGGAAAGCGAUGCCGAGUAA